AUGGAUGAACCACUUAUCAUAAACGACUUACCUUCCGGACCUUUGACUAAAUAUCGAAAUCAAGCAAGCUUCGAUUGGAAAAAAUUAAAAAUUUAUUUAGAGGAAAAAGAACUUUUGAAAUAUAAGUUGCAAUUUUGGAAUUUUGUUGAAAAGCAUCCAGCUUUUCAUCAACCUUUAGAAACUUUAAGCUUGGAUGAUCAAAGAAGGCUUACAUCUUUUAGAAUGUAUCAAGUUUUCAAUGCAAAAUUUCUCACUUGGGAAAAAGUAGCUUCAGAGCCAAGACUUCCAAUGAUUAUAUAUUCUGCAAUGUUUCAAUACGAUGCAUCAUUAGCUAUUAAAUAUUCUUUAACUUUUGGACUUUUUGGUAAUACAAUACGAAGUUUGGGGUCGGAAAAACAAUCAUUUUUCGCUGAUGAUGUUGACUCGGGAAAAAUAGCAGGGUGCUUUGCCCUAACCGAAAUUUCUCACGGUACCAACACAAAAGGUAUGAGAACAGAAGCUGUCUACGAUCCUGAAACGCAAGAAUUUGUACUUAAUUCUCCGGAUUUUGAAGCUGCCAAAUGUUGGGUUGGCAAUCUGGGAAAAUGUAGUACCCACGCUGUAGUUUAUGCCAAAUUACUAACUCCCGAUGGAAAAGAUCACGGUCAUAAUUGGUUUGUUGUUCCCGUACGUGAUCCAAAAACUCUACUACCUUAUCCAGGAUUAACUGUUGGAGAUAUGGGAGAAAAAAUUGGACUUAAUGGAGUCGAUAAUGGAUUUAUAUUUUUUAAUAAAUAUCGUAUACCAAAAGAUAAUUUAUUAAAUAAAAAUGGGAAAAUAACUCCAGAUGGAAAAUUUAUAAGUAAAUUUAAAGACCGAAGAAAACAAAUUGGAGCUAGUUUAGGUGCUUUAUCCGGUGGAAGAGUAAUGAUCAUGUCAAUUUGUGUUGCAUAUUUUUCAAUGUCCGUAACAAUUGCCGUGAGGUAUUCAGCUGUUAGAAAACAAUUUGGAAUUAAUGAUGAAGAAAUUCCCGUUCUUGAAUAUCAACUUCAACAAUGGAGAUUGAUACCAUACGUAGCUGUCGUGUAUGCAUUUAAAAUUUUUUCCGAUUAUUUUACGUACGAAUUGAGUUGGUUUCAAUUUAAAAAAUUUGUAGGAGAAGAGAAUUUGGAUGAAUUAGGUGUUGAAAUUCAUAGCAUAUCGUCAGCGGGAAAACCAUUGUUUAGUUGGAUCAGUCAAAGAGGAAUACAGGAAUGCAGAGAAGCUUGCGGAGGUCAUGGAUAUUUAAAAGCUUCGAGAUUGGGUGAUUUAAGAAACGAAAACGAUGCCAAUUGUACAUACGAAGGUGAAAAUAAUGUUCUGAUACAACAAACUAGCAAGUGGCUGUUGAAUUUAUAUAAAAAUUUAUUAGAAAAAAAAACAAUUUCGACUCCUCUACACUCUGCGGAUUUUCUAAAUAAUUUUUCAGAACUUUUACUAAAGUCAUUCACUUGUAAAACUUUAGAAGAAACAAGUAAACCUGAAAAUAUUAUUCAAGCGUACGAUUGGCUUGUUUGUUGGUUGUUGAAAACUACAUUUGAUCGAUGGCAAGAAAAUUUAAAAAAAUUCGAUCAAUUUACUGCAUUCAACGAGAGUCAAGUUUAUUUUGCCAGAACGAUGUCUAUAGCAUUUGCAGAGCGUUACGUAUUAGUAAAAUUUUUAGAAAAGGCAACAUUAUCCAGUUUAGAUAAAAAAUUGCAAGAUGUUUUAUUAAAAUUAUGUUCACUAUACGGACUUUGGAGUUUAGAUCAACACAUGUCCAUACUUUAUCAAGGUGGUUAUUGUAAUGGUCCAAAUCCGGCACAAUUCGUCAGAGAUGGCAUUUUAAAACUGUGUAAAGAACUUAAAGUAGAAGUUGUAUCUUUGGUCGACGUAUUAGCUCCCCCUGAUUUUAUAUUAAAUUCCGUUUUGGGUAAAUCGGAUGCGAAAAAACAUUUAGUAGACCGGGUUGGUGGCAAGAAAUAA